AUGAAGCUAGCCACGCGAUUGCUUAGAGCGAGGACGCCGUCCAGCCUUAGGGUAGCUCGGCAACUUCGACCAAUUCGUCUUGCUUCCACCUCUUCGGCCGCACAAAAUGGAAGCUCCAGGACUCUUUUGUAUCUCGGAGCUGGCCUGCUAAUUGGCGGUGCUGCCGGCGCUUCUUUUCUAGGGCCUCGUUCUGGGGGAGUGUUAUCGGGCGUCACUCCUCGAUGGCGGGAUGUACCUGGAAGCCGUGACGCACUCUCUCGCAAAUACGCCGACAUGAAAACCAUGCUAAAGGCGGUUGACGAAAUACGAUCAAUACUAGGCGAGGAUGCAGUCAGUGUAGAAGAAUUCGACCUGGAAGAGCACGGCUACUCCGAAUGGUCUACUUCCAACACAGAAGUUCGACCAGUUGCCAUUGUUCGACCCCAAUCAACAGAGCAAGUAUCGACCAUCGCUAGAGUAUGUACCAAGUACAAGGUGCCAAUGGUUCCUUAUGGCGCAGGGUCAAGCGUCGAAGGUAACUUCAGCUCCCCGUACUCUGGCAUAUGCAUUGAUCUAUCUACCAUGGAUAAGAUUGUAGCCUUACACGCCGAAGACAUGGACGUGGUGGUCCAACCAGGUGUUAACUGGACCAAUCUUAACAAUGACCUCAAGAAUUCGGGACUGUUCCUCCCCCCAGAUCCCAGCCCGACAGCCCUAGUCGGCGGAAUGGUCUCGACAAACUGCAGCGGUACCAAUGCCACGAGAUAUGGCACCAUGAAGGAUUAUGUAGUCAACCUGACGGUGGUUCUCGCUGAUGGGUCCAUCAUCAAGACCCGUAACAGACCCCGAAAGACCUCUGCCGGCUACAAUUUGAACGGCCUCUUUGCCGGCUCCGAAGGGACUUUGGGCAUCAUUACUGAAAUUACGCUGAAACUAGCGACUGUGCCAUCUAGCCACAGCGUUGCAACUGUCACGUUUCAGAAUAUCAGACAGGCUGCAACUGCAGCGGCUUCAAUCGUUCGGUCUGGUGUACCUGUGGCCGCUGUUGAGCUCAUGGAUGACGUACAAAUGCAAAUAAUUAACAAAAACGGAGGUGCUGGGGGUAGAAUGUGGAAAGAACUACCAACUCUAUUCAUCAAAUUCUCAGGAACAGAUGCCACAGUUAAGGACAAUAUAAAAUCCGCUCAGACGGUUGCCAAAUCCUUUGACUGCAAAUCAUUCGAAUUUGCCAGUAGCCCCGAACAAAUGGAGGCCCUGUGGUCUGCAAGAAAGCAAGUGCUGUGGGCGUCUUUGGCUGUGAAGCCGGAGGGCACUGAAGUUUGGUCUACAGAUGUAGCUGUUCCACUGUCGCGAAUGGCUGACUUGAUUGGCAAGUGUCUUCCAUUCACCUGGGACGGGACCGCGCUAAUAAGAGUAGAAUUGUCUCAGGAGAGAGCAAGGAAGCUUGGGCUAUUUAACAGCAUCAUAGGGCAUGUCGGCGAUGGAAACUUUCAUCAGAUGAUCAUGUAUAACCCGAACAUUCCCGAACAGAAGAAGGCGGUUACAGACUGUGUCAACUUGAUGGUGGAGGGUGCUAUCGCAAUGGAAGGAACGGUCUCAGGAGAGCACGGCAUCGGACUCGGAAAAAAGCAUUGCUUGGCAAAGGAGCUUGAUAGUGCAACGCUGGGAGUCAUGAAAGCUUUGAAGGACUCUCUUGAUCCCCACUGGCUGCUUAACCCAGGGAAGGUCUUCGAUGAGUAG